GUUUUGAACACCAAAUUAUCUUGAAGAAGACACGGAAGAAAGUGACUUGUACAGAAGAAGAAGAAGCUAUGAUUGUGGCGGCGGCGGUCGGAGUCUUGGUCCUCUAUGCAGGAGUCGCGCAGGCUCUCCGUUCAGACCAACCAGUGGUGGACCAGAGCUCAAUUCACGCGGAAAAUCUCGUGCAGCGCGAGAACGGGAGCUGGACCCUCCUUGUCAACGUCACCUGGGACAGGCCCAACGGAACUGGAAGCGAACUGGAAGGUUACAUGGUGAAACUGACCAAGCUAUUCGACGAUACUCAAGACUCGUUUGAUUUCGAACAAUUUAACCCCAACUUCAGCUUCCCCCUCUUCCCCGACUUCGGCUUUCCCGACUUUCCGAUCAUCCCUCAGACCGAGCGGGAAAAACUGGAAGGGAGAGGAUACGUCUUCACGGACGCAGAAUCGAUCACUUAUGAGUAUGACGACAUCCUGUGGUCACACGAGUACGACUUUAAGAUUAUCGUUCUUCAUGGAGGACACUCUGGAAACGAAGCGAAUUACAGAUUUUUGACCGCGGAUUGCUACUCCUCCACGGGCGAUCGAGAGUUUUGUGAAAACCAACCCGUGGUGUUCUCCAGCGAGCCGGCUAACAUGACCCUGCUGGGUCUGAGCUGUCAGAACCGCACAGACGGCGCCUCGUUCACGGCGUUCAUCUCGUGGCUCCGGCCCGUCCAAGUGAAGCGCGGGCACGGCAUCGUCCAGUACGUCAUCCGCCUGGAGAUGGGCGACCGGCUGGCCGACGCGCAGUUUAAAGAGUUUGUGGGAGAGAACUCGACACGUGACGACUUGGAACCCAUCUACUUCAAAAUUGAAAACCUCAAGUUGGGCGAAUCCUUCCUCUUACAGGUUACCCCUCAGGUGAACGUGACCAGUCCCAAUUCUUCGCCGUAUGGGAACAGAGGCCUGCUUACCUUCAACACUACCCUGUCGAGCACAGAUCGGUGCCCGUCGUGGCCGGGAGGGAAGGCGUGGAAGGACGACCGUAACGCCAGCCCAGGCGGCUCGGUGCUGGUGUCGGUCCUGCCCGCCCUGUCAGUCGCCACCGUGCUGCUGGUCGGGUCCGCCGUGGCCGUGUGUCUGUGCCGCAGGCAUCGGAACGGCUCCAAGACCUACACUGGCCUCACCUUCUUCCCGCUCAUGCCGAAGUCCGACUGGAAGCCGCCCGUGGCGCCCCGCCCUAAGCACGACUUCGGCAAAUGGGAGCUGAGCCGCGGCCUACUGGAGGUGGAGAAGGAGCCGAUCGGGAAGGGCGCCUUCGGGCUGGUGUUCCGCGCCACCGCCGUGGGGCUGGACAAGAACCCGCUGCCGGUAACGGUCGCCGUCAAGACGCUACCAGACCACCCGACCAAUGAGCAGCGGCAGGACUUCCUGGAUGAGAUCCAGACCAUCCUGGACAUGGGGCCACACCCGAACAUCCUGAGCAUGCGCGGGUGCUGCACCAUGUCGGACCCACUGUACCUGGUGGUGGAGUACAUGCCGUACGGAGACCUGCUGCACUUCCUCUGGGACUGUCGCCAGCCAGCGGCCCAGCAAGACGACCCGAUCUUCCAGUUCCAGGAGAAAGGCGUGUACCAGGUGGCCCGUCAGGUGGCGAGGGGCAUGGAGUACCUUGCUCAGAAGCGGUUCAUCCACGGUGACCUGGCGGCGAGGAACGUGCUUGUCGGGGACGGACUCGUGGUCAAGAUCUCCGACUUCGGACUCUCGAGUGACGUCUAUCAUCGAGGGUACAUGCGUGAAAACGUUGGGCGGAAGAUUCCGCUGAAGUGGGUGAGUCCGGAGAGGAUAUACGGCGGGGGGCGGUGCACCAUCAAGAGUGACGUGUGGUCCUUUGGAGUCUUGCUAUAUGAACUGGUGACGCUGGGUGGCGUCCCGUACCCAGGCAUGACCAUGCGGCAGAUCAUGGAGAAGCUAAAGAACGGCUACCGCAUGGAGAGGCCGGACGACUGUAGCAUCCUGCUGUAUGACGUGAUGAAGCGGUGCUGGAAGUGGAAGCCGGUUGAUCGUCCGUCCUUCAGUGACCUUUUCAACGAAUUCGACGCCAUUCUGAACUUCGACGCGGAUUAUACCCGAGUGCUGCAGGCUAUCCCGAUGGGAGACGAACGGAACUACAGCCGGGACAUCGGCGCCGACGAUGACGUCAUCAUGACCAAGGAAGAGGAUGCCGGGAGUGAGAACUCUGACGUCACGGAUGAUGCAGAGGAGAAGGAUCAGGUUGCCAUAGAGACGGAAGCCAACUACCUACCAAUGGCUGACCGGAAGGGACAUUGCAUGACCAGUAAGACCCUGGCUGAAGACAAGGACUCCGGGUACUGUGGCGACAUGGCGGCUUCUCCACACAAGAACAAAACCGUCCAGUACGAAAAUGACGUCAACAACAUGGAGGAGGGCACGUGAUGGCCACACGUGUUAGAACCAAGCAGACCUUUCUCUGCAACAACCAAGGACAUUCUAUAGUGUCCUUCCAACAACUUAAACAUUUUUAAUAUAGUUCUAAAACAUAAUAUGCACAUUUUCCUCCUUCUAUAUUAUCCGGUGCAAUUGGUAGAGUGCUCGCUUUGUAACCGGGAGGUCGUGAGUUCAAACC